AUGGUCGCUCCCGGCUUGGCUCCACCGGAUGGUGAGGUUUCGGACUUCAAUGCAACGUCCACUUCGGUCAGGACCGCGGCGCUCGCGGUCAACGUUUUUGCCAUUGUAGCCACGACGGCAUUGUUUGCGAUGCGAAUGACCGCAAGGCAUCUCAUUUCCGGCAUGUAUGCGCUUGACGACAUUUGCUGCAUCGUCGCCUACGUAGGCCACAACGCACCUUCGUUCGGAAGAUUCAAGCUGAUUUGGCAUUCUGAAGUGAUAAACCAUGGCGGUGGAACACAUCAGUGGAACGUCCCUGAGACGGAGGUUACCUAUUUCUUCCAGAGUGUAUACUCGACUCAGAUCGUUUACUGUCCUACUGUGUUCGCCACAAAGGCCUCGAUCCUCUUUUUCCUCACCCGGGUUUUUGCCCCGUUCGAGCGCUACUGCCGCUUCAUUUACUUCUUCAUUGGGUUCAUGGGCUUCUAUUACACCCUUAUUUGCGCCCUCAAGAUCUUCAUAUGCCGUCCCAUCCCCCUCUUCUGGAACCCGUCGGGCGAGGGCGAAUGUUUCGACCAGCGCUCCCUGAUCCUCGCCGACAACAUCAUCAGCCUGGUGACCGACAUCGCCGUCCUCAUCAUCCCCUGCCCCCUGGCAGGCGGUCUCAAAGUAGCACUGACAGCCAAGCUGCGCAUCGCCGCAGCUUUCGGUGCCGGUGGUCUCGCGUGCGUCUGCAGCUUCAUCCGACUCAUCGACAUCGUCAAAAUCGGAGGCAGCUCGGAUUCCACGUAUUCAUUCACUCUCAUCAACCUUUUCGGCAUCGCCGAAGUCGGCAUCGGCCUCAUCUGCGCCUGCUUCCCCGUCAUGCCCGCCUUCUGGAAAUACCUGCGCAACCGCCACCCGUCCCAAAUAACCGGCGGCAGCUACCCCACUUAUAGUCACGGUCGCUCGCAGACAUACACAGGUCGUAGCGGCCACGGCCGCCACCGACGUGGCGCCAGCGGCAUCGAGCUUGCUAAGAAGUCGCACUUGUCGUCUACGACGACUCGGAGCGUGAGCGUCGUUGGCGGCGGCGCGGGGAUGAAGCGUGCGGAGGUGUUUGAGGAUGGGUCGGAUGAGAGUAUGUUGAUUCCGCCGCCGGAUGUGGGCGGUGUGAAGGGAGGGAGUGGUGCGAAGGGGGGGAGUGGUGGUGGCGGGAGGGUUACGGUGUGUGUGAGGGGAGGACUGGGGGAGGAUUUGGAGGCGGGGGGGAAGCCGUGGGAGAGCGAGGGGGAUGAGCGGCGGGGAGGUGGUGGGGAGGGAGAGGAUCUGGGGAUCGUGAGGACGGUGGAGGUGCAGAUGAUGACGGAGCCGAAAUGA